AUGGGGCAACAUAUGAGUAAGAAUGAAACAUUGUUUGUAUCAUUAUUAAAGAGAAUGUUGGCGUCAAGAGGUUUUAAGGUAACAGAUAAGGUUUUGAAUGAUUUUGUGGCCUUUUUAGUAAAAGUCAGUCCUUGGUUCCUAGAAAUAGGGGAACUGAAUCCCCCGGAUUGGAAGCACGUAGGGAGGGAGAUGCGACAAUUCGCACAAAAGAAUGGGGAACAUACUCUUCCAGCACAUGCCUUUCCUUUAUGGUUACAACUUAGAGAGCUUAUAGCUGAAACAUCUGAUUUUGAAGGAUUGAUCCAAGAAAAAGAUUCUAUCUCUAGCCAUACUUAUGAUGAGGUCGCAGAAGAACUUUUAGCUUCAAAAGAGGGGAAACCCCCGGCUUAUGGCACUGUCCCUGAACAGACAAAAAAAGGAGUCAUAGCUGUAGCGUCAGCUCCUCCAGCUGAGUCAGAAGAUGACAAUGAUGAUUGGGACUUAGAGGAGGAGGCUGCAAAAUAUAAUAAUGAUGAAUAUAGAGAUCAUGAGGGUGGUCACCUUCAUUAUCCAAAACUAACUUUUGCAGCCCCUCGAUCAAAACAUAAACCUAAGCAUGCCGCAUUACCCCCUAUUGGGUUUCGCGGAGCAAUGGCAGAGGCCCGAAAAACAGGGGACUUUUCCUUUGCUUUUCCAGUAGUUGAUUUCGAUGAGGAAGAGCCCAUCUGGGAACCUCUGCCGUUCAAAGUUUUAAAAGAAUUACAACAAGCUGUCAAAUCCUCAGGGCCAACAGCACCCUAUACUCUUCAUGUUCUUGAUACAGUAGCCAGUUCAUGGCUUACUCCUUACGAUUGGAUGCAAACAGUCAAGGCAACAUUGUCCCCAGGAGACUACAUACUCUGGAGAACAGAGUAUGAAGAUCUCUGCAAAGAGUCAGUAGUGCAGUCAGUGAAAAGACGUGGUGGGAUAAAACCUACCAUUAACAUGUUACAAGGAACAGGUGAAUAUGCAGAACCUAAAUCACAAGUACACAUACCAAGACCUGUGCUGGAAGAAAUCACUAAAAAUGCCGUUAGGGCAUGGAGAAAAUUGCCUCCCACGGGAGCCAAGGGUACAGCAUUGGCCACUAUUAAGCAAGGGCUAGAAAAAACAUAUCAAGAUUUUGUUUCUCGACUGGAGGAAGCGAUUAAUAGAAUGCUUCCACCAUCAGAAGGGACUGAUAUUCUUUUAAAGCAAUUAGCCUGGGAAAACGCCAACACUUUGUGUCAGGACUUAAUUCUUCCUAUAAGGAAAACAGGAAAUAUUCAGGAUUAUAUAAAAGCCUGUAUAGAUGCCUCACCGGCAGUAGUCCAAGGAAUGGCCUAUGCCGCAGCAAUGAAAGGACAGAAGUUCAGCGCCUAUAAUAAUGAGGAUUGGAUUAUAGCACUGCAAGGCUAUGCAGGUCAAAUUAAAUUUCAUUACCCUCGACAUCCUGUGGUUGAAUUUGCAAAAAAGGUGCCUUGCUCGCUCAGUUUCUGCCUUGGAAUUAAAAGUAUUCGAGGCUCGUCUCAAAAACAAAAAAGGGGGACCUGCAGCGCCCACCGCGGUCGCAGU